GUUAGUUGUAUUAUAAUGCCUUGGCCUCCUGCUUUUACUACACCUAUCAAUAAAAUACAUCAUUUAGACACGAAAAGAGGAGGAGAGGAAAAGAGCGUGCUCGAGACACUUUAAGCAUGGCGUCUUGAUUACACCUCCCAUGGCUGCAACAUCCAUCGAUCAUGCAAGCGGCAGAGCUCAGCAUGAAGGGAGGGAGGGAGGAGGGAGGAGGGAGUGAUGGUGCUGGGAGUUAGUGCAUUAUAGUUAAUUGAGGAAACUUGGGAGGUUUCGUAGUGGCACCAAUGGGGGACAACUAGUUUAGUGGCACAGGGCGUAGAAGACAAGGGGCACCCAUGUACCAAGAUAAAGACAGAUAUAGAACAGCAACAAGAAGAAGGUCCAAAGCUCCAAAAUUCCACAAAAAUGGCUGCUAGCCACCACAACUCCCUCCCAACUGUAUUUGUCCCCAUUCUCGCUCUCCUCCUCCUCCUCCUCGCCGCCGUCAGUCCCGUCUUCUCGGAGUCGAACAGCACGGUUUUCCGGCCGGGGGAGGAGAUGAGGAAGUAUAGGAGGAUAAGAGCCCAUCUUAAGAGACUGAACAAGCCUCCUUUGAAAACAAUUGAGAGUCCCGACGGGGAUCUCAUUGACUGCGUGCUCUCUCAUCUUCAGCCUGCAUUUGAUCAUCCCAGGCUCAAAGGGCUGAAGCCUAUGGAUCCGCCGGAGAGACCAAAGGGCCAUGCCCCUGAUGACACCGCGGCCGCCGGAGACGAGUUCCAGUUGUGGAGGACGUCCGGCGAGUCGUGCCCUGAGGGGUCUGUUCCGAUCAGGAGGACCACAGAAGAAGACAUUUUGCGAGCCAGCUCCGUGAAGAGGUUCGGCCGGAAGCCUGCCGUGACAAUGAGCCAUGAUUCCGAAAGCAACGACCAUGAGCACGCGGUUGGUUAUGUUGUGGGAGAUCAAUACUACGGUGCAAAAGCAAGCAUAAAUGUGUGGGCACCCAAAGUGACAAGCUCCUCUGAAUUCAGCUUGUCACAAAUUUGGAUCAUCUCUGGAUCUUUUGGCACCGACCUCAACACCAUUGAAGCUGGGUGGCAGGUGAGUCCGCAGCUCUAUGGUGAUAGUUCUCCAAGGUUCUUCACUUACUGGACUACUGAUGCAUAUCAAGCAACAGGAUGCUACAACCUUCUGUGUUCAGGCUUCAUACAAACCAACAACCUGAUAGCCAUUGGAGCUGCCAUUUCCCCUGUUUCAACACCCAGUGGUGGACAGUUCGAUAUCAGUCUCUUAGUGUGGAAGGAUCCGAACCACGGGAACUGGUGGUUGGAGCUGGGGUCGGGGACGCUGGUGGGUUACUGGCCGUCGUUCCUGUUCAGCCACCUGUCGGAGCACGCGAGCAUGGUGCAGUUCGGCGGCGAGGUGGUGAACACGCAGCCGAUGGGGGAGCACACGUCGACGCAGAUGGGCAGCGGGGAGUUCGCCGGCGAGGGGUUCGGCCGGGCGUCCUACUUCCGGAACCUGCAGGUGGUGGACUGGGACAACAGCCUGGUGCCGGCGCCGAACCUCCGGGUGCUGGCCGACCACCCGAGCUGCUACGACAUCCAGGGCGGCAUCAACGCCCUGUGGGGCAACUACUUUUACUACGGCGGACCCGGGAGAGACGACAACGACGACGACAGCUGCUCUUGAAUUAAGACAAUUAUAUAUAUUCAUAAGCAUUAUUAAUAUAUACACAUGCAACCCCAAGUCUUCUUUCUUUCUUUCUUUUUUGUUUUUGUUUUUUACUUAUGUGAUUUAUUGUUUGAUCUUGUGAUGGAUGCAACCAAAUCAAUUAAGGUCGUUUUACAUCUAGCUAGAUAGAUUUUGGUGAA